GGACAUUUUGUUAGGAUCAAGACCAAGCCAUCAUUACUUCUUGGGACAUUUACUUGAUCUUUCAAUCUUUGACCAGAUACUCCCUGAUAUCUUGCUUGUGAUCGGUGAAAAGUCAGUUCAUUGCGCCAGAAUCCCUCUACUUUAGGCCGCUGCAUGAUCUGCCUACAAUCUGCACUCGAGUAGUAGGUUGCCACAUAACACAUUCUGACACCCUGAGUUCUCUUUGACCACACAAUGGCGGACACCGAAGAAACUCCAGCGCAGCGCCAGGCUAGAAUACGAAGGCAGAAACGGGAAGCAAAGAUCACAGGCUCAGGGACUGAAAGAUUAGACAAGAUCACCAGACUGAGUGGAAGGACGCCAGAGAGCAUGCGACAUGAGUCUCCCGCGAUGACCCCUCGAUCUUCGACACCGUCGGAACUUCCCUCACCUCCUAAUACAUUGCAAGAUCCCUCUGUGAAUGCCACCCCGGAACAAAUUCGGGCACAGGAAGAGUUUCUGAAGGCAAUGCUUCGACAGCCGAUGCCACAAGAAGGGCAGGCGCAACAACAACCACAAGCACAGGAAGAAGAUCCCAUGUUGAAGAUGCUACAAGCCAUGAUGGGAGGGGCUGAUGGUGUCUCUGAUCCAAAUGCUCCCGGGGGAGGAAUGGGUGGUAUCCCCGGCAUGUCUCCCGACGACAUAUCAAAGAUGACAGGACUGCCCUCCUUUCUGACCAGCAUGUUUAUGGGAAGCCAAAAGGCACCGCCAACGCAAGCGGAAAUGCGAGCGACCAGGCUGUGGAAAAUAGUGCAUGUUGUUUUCGCCAUUUUUGCAGGGCUCUAUCUAGUCUUCUGCAUCAACACCGCGACCGAGACAUUUGGCGAGAAUCCUCCGGCUCCAGCAACUUUCCAGAACCCUUUCAUAGUGUUCGCGACCGGCGAACUGCUGGUUCAAGGGAGUAGGGUCCUUACAAGUGGCCAUUCGGACAAAAGCGGGAUUGGUCUGUGGAUACAGAUGCUCAGGGAAUUUGUCGGGGACGGCGCAAUCGUGGUCUUCAUGUUAGGCAUAGCGUCCUGGUGGAAAGGAAGUAUAUAAUCACACUCCGUAGUGGAACAGAGAUCUGGAUCCCGGCAAUGUGUCCGGCGGGAGUCUGCACAAAGGCGAACUAUUCCGUAAUUUUAAAUGUGUG